UCGACAAUCCCGAAGGGAUCUAUUUGCAAUCGCUCAGCGAAUACAAAGGCGAUUAGAAUGCUCUUCGUCAUUUUGUGCAUCUUUGCAAUAUCGCUCAACACCGCAUACUCUCGUCGGAUGGACGAUGUGAUCUUACAAUUUCUCGUUGAUGCAACGCCCGUUUUAUUAUCGCCAUUGAGGAUAUCUUUACAUACGUGCAUCGGUUAUGAAGAUACGAUUAGAUUGUCGAGAGAAAUGUCGAACCACCGUUUGAUCCAUGGCAUCCAUAAUUUCGUUAAGGAUAUCAAAGAGCGCAUUCACGAUAAUUUGGAACAUCAGAAUCUCUACAUGCUGGACCUGGACUGCGAUUACGCUAUAGAACUUUUACGACAGGCGCAUUCGAAUAGAAUGUUUAUCGCUCCAACGAAGUGGCUACUUCUUCAGGAUCGAAGAACGAUGAUUGAUAAUUCCAACAUAACUUCUACAUAUAACAACUCGAUACUGGAUAUCUUUGAAGAGCUAGCUGUCUAUCCUGACAGUGAUGUGAUUCUCGCUCGCAGGCUCAACGGGGACUUUUUUCAAAUAAAGUCGGUGUAUCGACCGAGUCCACAACGAGCAGUGAUAUGGGAAAAUCGCGGGAAUUGGACAGUCAAGGACGGUUUGCGAAUGAGUACUUUCGAUGCGUCUUCAGCGCGGAGAAGAAAUCUGCAACAAACGGCCCUUAAAUCCUGUCUCGUGAUGUCAUAUCCUGAUACGAUGAAUCACUUGACUGAUUUUAUGCAUAAUACCCUGGAUCCUAUGACAAAGGUUAAUUAUAUCUGGGUACACCAUUUAAUGAACCGCAUAAACGCAACGAUAACGUUCAACGUUGUGUAUAAGAACUGGGGACGUAAAACUAAAAAUGGAUCUUGGGACGGGAUGGUUGGGAUGCUGCAGCGACGCGAGAUCGACAUUGGCGGCACUGCUAUGUUUAUCCUGGAUGAGCGUAUUCCUAUAGUGGAAUACAUUCAUCUGUAUACACGCACUAAAUUGUGUUUCAUUUUUCGACGGCCCUUAUUGUCGACCAUGAAAAAUAUCUUCAUCAUGCCCUUUCAACAAAGUGUCUGGAUAGCAAUCGCCGCAUUUCUUGUUCUUGUCUUCUGCCUAUUACACUUAUCUAUAAAAUGGGAACAUUACCGAGGCGCUUCGAAAACAUCGGCAGCUUACUGGAAUCAAUUGAAUAACAGUAAACCAACAGUUACCGAUAACCUGUUCAUCGUUUUAGGAGCAGUUUCACAACAAGGUUAUUCGUAUGAGCCAUAUAGAGUCCCAUCCCGAAUCAUCACUCUUAUGUUACUGCUGACCUCACUGAACCUUUAUGCGGCUUACACGGCGAAUAUUGUGGCUCUUUUGCAGACUCCAACAGAUUCGAUUAAAACCCUCUCCGAUCUCUUACAUAGUCCGUUAACUCUCGGAUCAUACGAUUUACCGGUAAACCGAUAUUAUUUUAAGAAUACGAAUUUACAAGAUCCCGUCAGAACAGCGAUUCUGCAGAAAGUUGAUAGCAAAUCGAACUGGAUAAGCCUGGAAGAAGGUGUACGCCGCAUACAAACCGAGUCUUUCGCGUUUCAUGGUACACGAAGCCCGAUAUACACAAUCGUACAGCAAACCUACCAAGAAAACGAGAAAUGUGGCUUAACUGAGAUGGAUUAUUUGAGUCAAAUAUACCCACUUCUUGCAGUACAAAAGCAAUCGCCUUACUUGGAGUUGAUAAAAAAUGGAGCUUUGAAAUUGUGGGAAAACGGGCUCAUGUUUCGCGAUGAGUAUCGCUUGUACGUAAACAAGCCGACGUGCUCGAGUCAGACUGGCUUCAUCACCAUCGGCUUCACGGAGUGCUACUUUGCGAUAGUCGCAAUGGGCUACGGAACGCUACUUAGUGUAGUCGUGUUUAUACUGGAGUUGCUGUGGCACAAAAUACGAAGUAGGAGUAUAAAAGAACAGACAGUUCUAGAAGAAACUGCGACGGAAGGAGCGAACCUUAGUACCCUCAAAUACAUUGAUUAGAUUAUUGUGAAGCAGCACAUCUUAUAACAAGAAGCACAGUUAUGUCACGUAUUAUGUAACAUUAUAAAAACUUCCCCCCCCCUCUCUCUCUCUCUCUCUCUCUCUCUCUCUCUCUCUCUCUCUCUCUCUCUCUCCCUCUUUCUCUCUCUCUCUCAAAAAUGUUAUUAAUGUAUGUAACAUGUAAAGAUCAUAAUACUAAUUUAAUAAAUUUGGUCGUUAGAGUAUUAUUUAUUAUUUGAUUGUAUGCAAACGAGAUACAAAACUCAACUAAACUGAUAUAAUAAGAUAAAAUUCAAAUAAAGGGAGAGUGCCGCACGUGUAUUUCAAUAAAUUUAUCUUGAGUCGCGAAUUCAGUCGCCAUUAUAUCAAUGCUUAGAAACGCUUGUUCAUUUUAUCUUCAAAACGUGCGUACUGUUUAAUCUUGCCAAUUUGUAAGUUUAUGAGGGUUUACAUCAAAAUAUUUGCAUAUGAUAUCGUUUAUGGAGCCUAGAAUACUGUGACGUCAUAGCACAGCAAUUUAUACAUACAAAUACGAUCACGAUAUUGGAGUCUGAUUGCGUUCUCGAACAGAAUAGUGGCACUCAGGUUCUCUUUUGAUAAAAUAAAGACAUUACCGAGGUGUUCUCCGUACGCUGUACAGAGAAAGUCUUUCGUGACCAUACAUCUUACAAAAUAUUU